UUGGGUCACCGAUCGACUGGGAUUUACAAUUCUGAUCUCAGGGUGCCUUCAUUUUUCUUUGUAAUAGCCAAUGGUAUUAGGAAAGCCACAAAAUUUUCAAAACUUCAGCUUCUACAAAUUUAAGCAAUUUCCUGAUAGCCCAGUCUGAUGAUAUAAAUGACUUGUUUAAUUCAGCAAUUUCCUCCCUUAAAUUGUAAACCUUAUAGAAACUAUGAGUUCUAUCCAUUUCAUGCAUUUUGUGCUGACUCAGUCCAUUUCUUGCAUUUCUUGAAGGGAGAGAAACACAGUCAUAAAGCUAAUUCAUCAGAAAAGUAUGAAUAAGAGAGAUUUUCGGUAAGGUGUCUCCUGUUUCUUAAACUAUUUGAAGUGUCUCCUUCAACAUGAAUUGCAGAGCAUUCUGGAUUUGCAGACUUAGGUUCUUGUACUACCGUGAUAUGUGAAGACCCACUUGUGGCAGUGGCUCUCUGGUUGGAUGUCGGAAAAGCUGUUUCAGAAUGAAAUGACCUUUCUCAUUCUGUUCUUCAGCUGGUGGAAGAUAAAGAGCCAGUUAUUGUGCAUGCUCGUUCCCUUGUGCAAUCAAUUUCAGAGAUCACUUCUUCAUUGGUAUGCAUAGACAGAGAACAGGAAAACUUUAUGGAAAUCGGCAGCUAUCUUGAACGCACUUCUCCAGUCAUAAUGGAGUUGCAGACUAACUCUUCAUACGCAACAGAGAUUCUACAGGCUAUAUCCAAAAACAUUGAUCUUGCCAAGAAUCUAGUUGGGAAAUGCCUCAAAGGGGCUGAUUCAAUUCCAGAUAUGGAAUUCAGAAGCAUCUUACAAAAUCUAGAGGGAGUGAUAAAAAACAUAGGUUUGGGACUAAGCCUGAUACCAUUUUCCGCAUUCAGGAACCAAGAAUAUGCAGAAGUUGCAGUGCAAUCUCUUUCGAGAGAAAUGAAAAAUGUUCACAUUGAAAUCAAUCAUGUUCAAGCAUCAGAUCCCAAGGAAACACUACAGAUUUCACCUUUAGAGCAUUUACUGGAUGAAGAAGUAGAAAAUGACCUUUAUUCUGUUCAAGUAAAUUUUCCGGCUGAGAAUCUUCAGUCUACAGAUAUGCCACUUUCUAUUGAUUUUGUUAGAGAAGGGAGAUACAUUGAUCAUGGAAAAAGUAGUACAUGUUCAUUGCAGGCAUUUCCAAAGGUGGCCAAGUACAAGGAGCCUCAGUAUGCAUCCUUCCUUUGUCCAUUGACGGGGAAGAUCAUGGAUGAUCCGGUUACAAUAGAAAGUGGUGCAACUUAUGAGAGAUGGGCCAUAACUGAAUGGUUCAAAAAGUUUGAAGAUGGUUCAGCAGAUGUCAUCUGUCCAGCUACCGGGCGGAAAUUGGCAGUUAGAACUCUAAACACCAAUGUAGCAUUGAGGACUACAAUAGAAGAAUGGAAGGAACGAAAUGAAGCAACAAGGAUCAAAGUUGUGCGGGAUACUUUGUCAGUAGCCAGGCCGGACAGUGUGAUAUUUGAAGCGCUUAGAUACUUGCAACAUCUCUGCAAAAAGAAACAAUACAAUAAAGUAGAGGUGCGCAACAUUGGAAUGAUACCAUUGCUUGCUCGGUUUCUGAAGCACAAAGACGAGAAUAUCAGGUGUGCAACAGUGGAAAUAUUACAGUCAUUGGCAGAAGAGGAUGAUGAGAGCAAGGAAAUGAUCGCAAAGACAGAUGCUAUUUCAAGAACAAUCAAAAUGUUGUCAAGUAAUCAUCUCCCAGAAAGGCAUGCAUCCUUGUCAUUGUUGCUCGAGCUUUCAAGGUCUGAACAGUUGUAUGAGGUGAUUGGAUCAGUUACAGGGUGUAUUCUGAUGCUUAUCAUGAUGAAAUAUAACCAUUACAGUGAUGCCUUUACUGCAAAGCAAGCAGAUGAAAUCCUAAAGAAUCUGGAGAAUUCUCCCAAAAACAUCAAGUGUAUGGCAGAAAAUGGCCACUUGGAACCGCUUCUAAAACAUCUCAUUGAAGGGACAGAGGAAAUGCAGUUGGAGAUGGGAAGUUACCUAGGAGAAAUUGUUCUCGGGCAGGACACCAAAACUUUUGUGGCAGAGAGAGCUUCUCCGGCACUGAUUAAAAUGAUUCAUAGUGGAAAAUCUCUAACCAGAAGAGCAGCUUUCAAAGCUCUAGUCAAGAUGUCAUCCUACCACCCUAACAGCAGCAUUCUUGUGAAAGCUGGUGUUGUGCCAAACAUUAUUGAAGAGAUGUUCACACCGAGAAUCUACAAUGAGCCCAUGAGUUUCUUGGGAGAAUCAGCCACAAUUCUUGCUAACAUACUUGAGUCUGGGCCAGCUCUCGAGAACCUCCAAGUGAACAGAAAUGGUCACACUAUGGAGUCAGAUUAUGUUGUGUACACUAUUGUCCACAUGCUCAAGAGCUCAGCGCCAGAUGAAAUCAACGUUAACCUCAUCAGAAUCCUCCUUUCCCUUACAAAAUCACCAAAAGCAAAAUCCACCCUUGUUUCAGUGGUCAAGGAAAGUGAAGCAAGCUACACCCUGAUAGAACUGAUUGAUUCACCACAUGAAGAACUUGGUAUCACAUCAAUUAAACUACUCAUUUCCCUAGCACCUUACAUGGGAUACACACUUUCUGACAGACUCUGCAAGACCAGAGGUCAACCAGAAAACCUAAUCAAGAACCCAAGUGAAAUAGAGAGAAUCACUGAAAAACAUGCAGUUUCAGCAAACUUCCUAGCGAAGCUUCCUCACCUGAACCUAGCACUAAAUUUAUCCCUUUUCCGCAAAAACACUGUGCCCAUAAUCCUAAAAGCCAUCAACGAUAUCCAAAGUGGAGAGAGGAUGGGAAAAUUUUCCAUUUCUUACUUGGAAGGAUUAGUGGGUGUUCUUGUCAGAUUAACAACUGCAGUCUGUGACCCUCAAAUACUCUCACUAGCAAGAGACCACAACCUCACAUCAGUGUUCACAGAGCUGCUUAUGACAACAUCAAGUGAUGAAGUUCAAAGGCUAUCAGCAACUGGGUUGGAGAAUCUCUCAGCAGAAUCUAUAAAUCUAUCAAAACAACCACCAGCACCACCAAACAAGGGACCCAAUCUGAAGAAGUUGCAGAACUUUCUAUCCUUAUCUUCAUCGAAGGGGAAGAGAUUACAAAUGUGCCCUAUCCACAAAGGGCCUUGUUCUUCACAGACCACCUUCUGCUUGCUCGAAGCAAAAGCAGUAAAGAGGUUGUUAGCUUGUUUGGAGCAUGAAAAUGUAGCAGUGGUAAAGGCUGCACUCUCAGCCAUUUGUACCUUGUUGGAUGAAAAGGUUGAUGUGGACAAUAGUGUGACCAUAUUGAGUGAAAUGGAUGCUAUCAAGCAUGUUUUGAAGGUUUUGAGGAAGCACAAGCAAGAGGUGUGGCAGAAGUCCCUUUGGGUAAUAGAAAAAUUCUUGAUGAAAGGUGGAGACAGCUUUGCUUCUGAAAUAUCUGAGGACAGGUCGUUGCUUUCUGUAUUGGUGAGUGCUUUACAUCAUGGAGAUAUAGUAACAAGACGGAUGGCUGAGAAGAUUUUGAAGCAUUUGAAUAGGUUGCCUGACUUCAGCACUGCUGAGUUUCUCUCCUAGAUCAUGAUUUAAAAAUAAGAGGGGCAUUCCUAGUGCACGAAGCAUUCCUAGUGCACAAACCUCCUGCCAAUGUGAGGUCUGGGGAUAUAAUAGAAAUGCCUAUGAUGCUUUUGGUAUUACGAGUAGUCAAGAAUUUAGAAUGUAGUAAUUCAAAUUAAAAUAGAUGAAAUGUGCUGUGUGUAGAGAAGAAAGUGUUGGUGAUGUAUGAGGUCUCACCUGUUAUGUUUUGUGAUUUUAUUAUAGUGGAUGUUCUGAAAAGUUAAA